AUGCAUGUGGCGUGCAGGACAUACUGUUUAGCAGGGAACUCGGGGAACUAAUUAAAACAAAACAAAUUGCAAUACAAACAUGGAAAUAGAGUUUAACACUUGUGUCACCUGGAAAGUCAAACCGAGUAAUGCACUGUACUUUUAAUUUGUGAGCCCGCAAAUUCAAUACAGUGUGGAGUUCACCGUAUAGGCCCAAGGGGAGCUGAGAGCCGGCAAAUUCAAUAAUAUAGUAUUGUGAGCAUGGUACUGGUGGGAUGGCAAAUGAGAUGGGGGUGACAUUGUGGAAUGGCUUCCCCGAGGUUCCAGUCGUUUUGCUGUUUCCAAGACGCCGCCUCCGCCGGACUCGUGAGCUUGAACACGGCUGCCUAUCAUCGGCUCAGCGUGGCCUGCGCGUUCCUGUCGCUGAUCGGGGUGGGGGUUCACAACCUGCCCAGACUGUGGAGCGAGUACCGGCGGCGGCGGCUGAAGCGAGCCGACCCCCCGCGCCCCGGGAGUCAGGACCGGGUAGCCUUCAUCAUCACAGCCUGUAACUUUGUCGGCUGCGCCGGAAUCCUGGUGCGGUCCGCCGUGUGGCUCUCCUUUAUCCAGCAGGCACUGCCCAGGGAGCAGACCGUGUGGCUCGGGAGUUUCUGCGUCCUCAGCUCGCUGUGGAUCCAGUUCUUCCUGCAGGGCGCUCAGGUCUGGUGGACGCUGUUUUAUGCCAUCGAGGUGUAUCGGCAGGUACAGGAACCCACGACGCCGCGUUCGAUGAUUCUUUAUCACGUGCUGUCCUGGGGACUGUCCGCCAUCAUCUGUGUUCCUGGGUUGUCUCUCCUGUUCCAGACUCCAGUCUCCAGCUGCGAGAGGAAUCUGAAGUAUGCAAUCCCUCACUACCUCGCCACAUACCUGCCUCUCCUCCUCGUGCUGCUGGCCAACCCACCCCUUCUGUCCAGGACCCUGGCUUCAGUGUCGACUCUCCUGAAGCAGCAGAGCGGCUCCUACACUGCCAGCGAGAGGCUCCAGAUGAAAAACAUCAGGCAACGCUUCCUGAAGAUCAUGGUCGCCUUUACUGUGUGCUGGCUGCCUAACGUCCUCAGCGAGGCACUGCUGCUCCUAAUUGACACGGACCUUGCCUGGAGCUCCGCCCCCUCACAGGCCCUGCGAUCAGCAGCCCUCACCACCUGGGUGCUCACGGCUGUUCUGAACCCCAUGUACGCCUUCCUCCAGUCCCUUGCUUUCCACAAGUGGACAGGCUGCGGACUCGAUGUUUGCACGUGGGGGCUCUAUUGCAAGGUGGAGCAGUGCUGCUGCAGGGGAAAGGGGGAGGAGGAAGAGGGAGAGACAGAGAGCGAGUCUGAGGUUACCAUGGAAAACAUCCUCAAACCCCAGAGCAUGGUCGGACACUGGGAUUCUCUCAAUCGACAGGUCCAGCAGCCUGCCUCUCAGUCAGGCUGCAGCAGCUCAGACGUGGAGGGCAAGGCGCUCUGGCUGGUCACGGCUUGCUGCUCCAAGAGCGCCCUGCUGGCAGCCGAACGGCAGCUGAGCGCACAGAGGACCCGAGCCUUGACUGGACUAAAGGCUUAGACAUGCUGGACAGGAAUAUAUAUCCUCAUAAAACUUCUUUUAUUAUGCACUGUAAUCCAUAUUGUUUCUCCUACUUGAAGGGUGGUAUGAAAUCUGCACUACUUUUGUCCCAGCAGCAAGGAAAAUGCAAGAUCUUAAUUGGGAGCUGCUUCUUUGUAGUGCUGGAUCGCUAACAACACAAAUUCUUGAGAUAAUGUUUAGGAAACUGUAAAAACAGAACCUUUAUCUUGUAAAUGUUUUCUGUAUUUCAAUGAAUGAAUUGUUAGUCCUAACAGAAUAAAUACAAAAGCAUUCUUCAGUGCCCUCUGCUGGAGUUAAACCCGAAUCGCAUGCUCACGUUUGUUUUCUUCUCCCUGUAAUUCUAAGAGCAGUGGUGUCUGUAGUGCCUGUAGGAAUCCACGCUUUGUAGUUUUCAGUACUUCAACACCUCGAGGGGGACAGCUACUGGAAGUUACUUAAAUCUGCACAACCGCAGU